GUGCUCCUUUUCCCUAUCGACCUCCUUCGCGACCAUCGCCCCGACUCUCUUUUGCUGUCUGCACUCGGGACGCGAUCGCUGCUCACAAUCUCUCUCUCUUAUCCGCUCCAUUUAGCCCGCUCCGCCCCCUUUUCCGCUGCCGAUGGCGCCUGCCCAGUCCACCACCGUGCCCUGCCAGUAUCGCACCGGGCGAACGCUUGGUAGUGGCACUUAUGCCAUCGUCAAGGAGGCCAUCCACAUCAAAACCGGCGAGUACUUUGCCUGCAAGGUCAUCAACAAGAAGCUCAUGGAGGGCCGGGAGUACAUGGUCCGGAAUGAGAUCGCGGUUCUGAAGAGAAUAUCGAGCGGUCAUCCCAACAUUGUCACGCUGCAUGACUAUUUCGAGACGUCGCAUAACCUCUACCUCUGCUUCGACCUGUGCACGGGCGGUGAGCUGUUUGAUAGCAUCUGCGCUAGGGGCCAGUACACGGAAGCCGACGCCGCCGAGCUCGUCCGCAACAUCUUCCGCGCAGUCAAGUACAUCCACGACUGCGGCAUCGUCCACCGGGACCUCAAGCCCGAGAACUUGCUCUUCCGCUCAAAACCUGAGAAGACGGAGCAGAUCAUGAUCGCCGACUUUGGCCUGAGCCGCGUUAUGCCAGAGAACAAGCUCAGCCAGCUGACUGAGAUCUGUGGAACGCCAGGGUAUAUGGCCCCUGAGAUUUUCAAGAAGACCGGCCACGGGAAGCCCGUCGAUGUGUGGGCUAUGGGCGUUAUCGCGUACUUCCUUCUCGCCGGUUACACGCCGUUCGAUCGCGAGAACCAGCGCUUGGAGAUGGAAGCUAUCCUUGCUGGGGACUUCAAGUUUGAGCCGGAGGAAUACUGGGAGAACGUGUCCAAGACUGCCAAAGACUUUGUCUCGGAGUGUCUCACCAUUGACCCGCAGUCACGGCCUACUGCGGAAGACUGUCUCAACCACCCAUGGCUCACCGCCGAGCAGCCCCACUUCGUCGAGAACGAGACGGGCCAGCCGAAGGAUCUGUUGCCGCACGUCAGAAAGGCGUUCGAUGCGCGCAAGACCUUCCGCAAAGCCGUGCUGGGCAUGAUGGCGAUGAAGCGCAUGUCGACGCUGGCGCACCACAUGUCGCCGGAGGCGCAGCGGCUGAACGAGGAGGUGUACAACUACAAGCAGGAGUCGGAGAAGGAGGUGAUGGAGGACAUGCACGUCGCGUACCACCACAACGCGGACGGGAGCGGCCACCACCACCAACAAGCGCACUCGCGGACGCACUCGGAGGCGAAGGAGGCGAAGCGCGUGGACGAUAUCUCGAUCGACAAUCCGAGCGAGACGGAUAAGACGCUGCGCUCGUUUGACGGGCAGACGCCGCCGGGGAAGAAGGCGAGCGAGGAUGCGCAGUCGAGCCCGCGUGAGGGUGUCGCGGAAGAGCUGCAGAAGGUGAGCCUCGAGGCGAAGGACCAGAAGGCGCGGAGCACGUGAGUGACGGCGUCGGCGCUGGUGUUGUGUGCCGGUCGUCUUCGGCUUGUCCUUUUCUUAAGGGUUUCUUGGAGGGGCGGGAAGUGGGAGUAUAUCACCGUUGGAAAGGGGGUGCGUGUGGAUGUAAUCGCCAAUGUUGAUAAGGAGGAGGAGGAGGAGAAGAAGAAGGCGAGAAAGGGACGUUGACCCGCUUCGUUAACUGGACUUGGUCUUUUGAGUCUCUUGGUUGUACAUGUAUGUAUGCAUACUACGCUUUCGCCAUCACAUAUAUAUUGCUUGCUGGUCUAGCUAUCGGUACCCUACGUGCUUUAUGUUUAUUGCCACUUG